CCCAUGCAGCGUGUGGUCGGGCUACUGUCGUCCCGCUCCCGCUCCUCCUGCUCCUCCCUCCUCCCUCACUCCCUCCUCCCUCCCAAGGCGAUGGUUUCCUCCCGUCUUAGGAGCUCAACCUCCUCCUCCCUGGUCACCAGAUCGCGUGUUCCCCUUGCCAUCGUGCUAGUUUGCUGCGCAAGGCACGUUGCUGGUUUUGCUCCCUCCCUGUCAUCCCUGUCUUCUCUCCAGCAUGGGAUUCGUGCAAGAACGAGCUUUGUGUGUGGAAGGCUCCCCUCAACCGCUCGUUCUGACUUGCGGAGGAAGUUUGUUGCUCCCUGCCGCUCGCUUGCCUCCAGUACACAGGAUGGUAGCUUCACGAAGGAUCUGGAGGACGAAAUCAAGAAGCAAGGGGAUGUGGUAAGAAACAUGAAAGCAGCCAUGAAGGAAGACAGUGCCUCGCACAGCAAGGAAGAGCUUGACGCCGCUGUCAAGAAGCUCCUUGACCUCAAGGCCAAGCUCGAGGCUCCCAAGCAAGAGGAGGAGAAGGUUGCGGUUGUGGGCGACGCUCCCGUGCGAGUGAGCAACAUCGGACCCCUUGCUCUUGCUCGCAACCGCCUCAAGGUGCGGGAGAUCAUGAUGUCGCAGGAGAACCUGGUGGGCAAGGAGGUGAUUGUGAAGGGAUGGGUCAGGACGGUCAGGUCACAGAAGUCGUUCUCCUUCAUCGAGCUCAACGACGGCUCCCUGCCCAAGGGCAUCCAGAUCGUCGUCAACGCCGACCUGCCGACGUACGCGGAGGUGGAGAAACUCUGCACAGGAGCAUCGGUAGCAGUCAAGGGGACGAUUGUAGAGAGCCCUGGGCAGGGGCAGCAGUACGAGGUAGCAGCGAGUGAGAUCGAGCUUGUCGGGGACUGCAGCGGGAAGGACUAUCCUCUGCAGAAGAAGAGGCAUACGCUGGAGUUCCUCCGCAGCAUCGCACAUCUCCGUCCUCGUACCAACACGUUGGGGUCGAUCGCUCGCGUGCGGUCGGCGCUAGCGCAGGCGACGCAUGCAUUCUUCCAGAAGCAAGGGUUCCUGUACCUGCAGUCGCCCAUCAUCACGGCGUCAGACUGUGAGGGAGCAGGCGAGAUGUUCAGAGUCACCACCCUCCCGUCUGAAGUUGACAAGCUGCCCAAGACCAAGGAAGGCUCCAUCGAUUACUCGAAGGAUUUCUUCGGCAAGCCUGCAUACUUGACCGUGUCAGGACAGCUCUCUGGCGAAACUUUUGCCUGCGCACUCGGCGACAUCUACACUUUCGGGCCAACUUUCCGUGCUGAAAACAGCCAAACUUCGAGGCAUCUUGCUGAGUUCUGGAUGAUUGAGCCGGAGAUGGCGUUUGCCGACCUUCAGUCUGUCAUGGAGAAUGCAGAAGCAUACGUGAAGUUUGUUGUCAAGCAUGCGCUUGAGACGUGCGGAGAGGAUCUUGCAUUCUUCAACCAGAUGUAUGAUAAGACGCUGCUGGAAAGGCUCAAGGACCUGGUCGAGAAGCCCUUCGCUAAGGUCUCCUACUCCGAGGCGGUGGAGCUGCUCCAGGCAGAAAUCGCCAAGGACAAGAGCAAGUGGCAGUACCCGGACGUGAAGUUUGGAACUGACCUGAGGGUGGCUGCGACCGACCUGCUCGUUCCAGGCAUCGGGGAGUUGGUAGGAGGAAGUCAGCGAGAGGAGCGACUGGAUGUUCUCGUCGACAAGCUGAAGGAGUUCGGGCUGUCCCCAGAGGACUAUUGGUGGUAUCUCGACCUGAGGAGAUAUGGAAGCACUCCCCAUGCCGGCUACGGUCUUGGCUUCGAGCGCCUCGUCUGCUACGUGACUGCUACUGAGAACAUCCGAGACGCUAUCGCGUAUCCUCGUUAUCCCGGCAAUGCUGAGUUCUAGAGAGAGUGGGGAGAGGGGAGGAUAAAAACUCAAC